AUGCUGGGCUGGAGCCCCCCGAUGCUCACCCUGGUGGGUCUGCUCUCCCUCCAGUCAGUCCUUUCCCAGGAAUGUCCCAAGUACAAGGCCAGCACCUGCCGGGACUGCGUAGAGUCGGGACCCGGCUGCGCCUGGUGCCAGAUGCUGAACUUCACUGGGCCAGGAGACCCCAACUCCGUUCGCUGCGAUACCCGGCAACAGCUGCUCAUGCGGGGCUGUGCAGUCAAUGACAUCAUGGACCCCAGGAGUCUUGCCAAGACCCAGGAGGACCAAGAGGGAGGUCACAAGCAGUUGUCCCCACAAAGAGUGACACUUUAUCUGCGACCAGGUCAGGUGGCCGCAUUCAAUGUGACCUUCCAGCGGGCCAAGGACUACCCCAUAGACCUGUACUACCUGACAGCUCCCUCCUACUCCCCACCCGAUGGCCCCAUGAACAUAGAGAAGCUGGGUGGAGACCUGCUCCGGGCCCUCAGUGAGAUCACCGCAUCCAGCCGCAUCGGCUUCGGGUUCAUCGUGAAUGAGACCUUCAGGCAUGUGCUAAAGCCUACCCGCAACUUCAACCAGUUCCAGGCUGAGGUCAGGAAGCAGCUCAUCUCCUGGAACCUGGACGCCCCUGAGAGCUCGCUGGACGCCAUGAUGCAGAUCGCCACCUGCCCGAAGGAAAUCGGCUGGCACAAUGUCACACGGCUGCUGGUGUUCACCACCAACAAUGGCUUAAACUUUUCAGGCGACAGGAAGCUGGGCCUGAUCCCCAAUGAUGGCCACUGCCACCUGGAAGACAACAUGUACAAACGCAGCAAUGAAUUUGACUACCCGUCAGUGGGCCAGCUGGCACAGAAACUAGCGGAAAACAACAUCCAGCCCAUCUUCAUGGUGCCGGAAAGGAUGAUGAAGACCUACGAGAAGCUCACCGAGAUCAUCCCCAAGUCAGCCAUUGGGAAGCUGUCGGAGGACUCCAGCAAUGUAGUCCAGUUCAUCAAGAAUGCCUACAACAAAUUCUCCUCCAGGGUCCUCCUGGACCACAGCCCCCUCCCCGAUAACCUGAGAGUCACCUACGACUCCUUCUGCAGCAACGGAGCAUCCAGCAAGAACCAGCCCCGAGGAGACUGUGACAGUGUCCAGAUCGAUGUAACGAUCAACUUCCAGGUGGAGGUCACAGCCACAGAGUGCAUCCAGGAGCAAUUUUUUGUCAUCCGGCCACUGGGCUUCAAGGACACAGUGACCGUGCGGGUCCUUCCCCAGUGUGAGUGCCAGUGCCAGGACCACAGCCAGGACCGCAGCCUCUGCCACGGCAAGGGCUUCCUGGAGUGUGGCGUCUGCAGGUGCGACUCUGGCCACAUCGGGAAGAGCUGUGAGUGCCAGACGCAGGGCCGAAGCAGCCAGGAGCUGGAAGGAAGCUGCCGGAAGGACAAGAGCUCCCUCCUCUGCUCGGGGCUGGGCAACUGCAUCUGUGGGCAGUGUGUGUGUCAUGCCAGUGACAUCCCAGGCAAGCAGAUCUACGGGCGGUACUGCGAGUGUGACAAUGUCAACUGUGAGCGCACUGAAGGCCUUGUCUGCGGUGGCCCGGGGAGGGGGCUCUGCUUCUGUGGCCAGUGCAGCUGCCUCCCAGGCUUUGAGGGCUCAGCCUGCCAGUGCGAGAAAGCCACCGAGGGCUGUCUGAACCAGCAGCGUGUGGAGUGCAGCGGCCGUGGCCAGUGCCACUGCAAUGCAUGCCAGUGUGAUAAGGGCUACCAGCCGCCCCUGUGUCAGGAGUGCCCAGGCUGCUCCUCGCCCUGCAGCCAGUACAUCUUCUGUGCUGAGUGCCUGAGGUUCAACAAGGGCCCCUUCAGGAAGAAUUGCAGCUCAGAAUGCAGGGGCCUGCGGCUGCAGAACACCCCCAUGAGGGGCAGGACCUGCAAGGGGCGGGACUCGAAGGGCUGCUGGAUGACCUACACCCUGAGGCAGCGGGAUGGGUGGGACCAAUACGACAUCCACGUGAACAAGAGCCGAGAGUGUGAGAAGGGCCACAGCAUGGCCACCAUCAUAGGGAGCACCGUGGUGGGUCUCCAGCUGUUUGGCCUCCUCCUGCUGGCCAUCUGGCAGGCCAUGAUGUACCUCAGGGAACGUAGGCGCUUUGAAAAGGAGAAGCCUGAGUUCCAGCAGAACAACGAUAACCCGGUUUUCAAGAGCACCGCCACCACCACAAUCAUGACUUGA